GAAAAAACCACCACCCAACCCUGAGCGCGAGCGAAGCAGCGAGCCAGGGCUGAGGCGAGCGGGCGGGCUCGGGGCGCCGAGCAAGAGCCGAGCCCCCCCAAAAUCCCCCUGCACCCCGACUAUGCUAAAUGUAACCGGGGAGCUCUCAGGUGACUCUUGGGGGAUCUUCACCUUCCUGUGCGCCGCGCUUUGCAACCUGCCGGCGCUGCCGGCGCUGAACUGCUCCGAGGAGCUGGGCGCCGGCCAGUCCAUCCAGCAGACCUACGACCUGACCCGCUACCUGGAGCACCAGCUCCGCACCCUCGCCGGCACCUACCUGAACUACCUGGGUCCCCCCUUCAAUGAGCCCGACUUCAACCCUCCGCGGCUGGCGCGGGCCGAGCGGGUGCCCAGCGCCACGGUGGACCUGGACCUGUGGCGGGGCCUGACGGACAACGCCCGCCUGGCCGCCAACUACCGGGCCUACAGCCGCCUGCUCUGCUACCUGCGUGUGCUGGACGGGCAGGUGGGCACGGCCGAGCUGCGCCACCGCCUCGCCCACUUCUGCGCCAGCCUCCAGGGGCUGGUGCUCAGCAUCGGCGGCGUCAUGUCCUCGCUGGGGUACCCGCUGCCCGCCGGCCCCGCCGCGCCCCCCACGCCCCCCGGCGUGCCCGCGGCCCCCAAUGACUUCCUGAAGAAGAUGGAUGAUUUCUGGCUGCUGAAGGAGCUGCAGACCUGGCUCUGGCGCUCGGCCAAGGACUUCAACCGCCUCAAGAAGAAGGUGCCGCCUGCUGUGGUCACCCUGCGGCUGGAGGCGAGGGGGUUCUGAGCCCACAGUGCCGCCGCAGCCAUGCAGGUCCCCUCUUCCACCACCAGUGUGCCUUGAGAAAUGGGGCUCCUGACCCCCAAACCACCCCACAACCUCAUCACCUGGCAGUGCCUUGAAAGAUGGGGCUCCUGACCCCAAGUGCCACCACAGCCACCCCGUGUCCCCUCUCCAUCACCAGUGUGCUUUGAGAAAUAGGGUUCCUAACCCCCAAGUGCCACCACAGCCACCUCACAAUCCCACUCCCAUCACCGUGCCUUAAGUGAGGGGCUCCUGACCCCAUGUACCACCCACCACAGCCAUGCCACAUCCCCUCUGUCACCACACUCUGCUGUAAGGGAUGGGUCUCCUGACCCCAAGUGCCACCAAAGCCGCUCCACGUCCCCUCUCCGCCACCAGUGUCCCUUCAAAACUGUGUCUCCUGACCCCAGAGUGCUGCCAAAGCCGCUCCACAUCCUCAUCAUCACCCGGCUGUGCCUUAAGGGGUGGAGUUCCUGACCCCAAAGUGCUACCACAGUCACCCUGCAGCCCCUCUGCCACCACGUUGUGUCUUAAGGGACAGGUGUCCUGACUUCCAAGUGCCCCGCCAGGGUGUCCCCAACCUCCAGGGUGCCUGUCCCCCUUCCUAAAAUCUCCGGAGUGGGUGCAAACCCUGCCCAUCCCAAAAAGGACCAACGCCCUCUGAGUGUAGGAAUAAGCCCCGCCCCAGCCAGCAGCAAGCCCCGCCCCGGAGCAGUAGGCUCCGCCCCGGAUGGCAAUAAGCCCCGCCCACUCGCGUGUGCAGCAAGCCCCGCCUCCUCCCCGCAGCCGGCCACGCCCCUUUAUCCAAGCCCCGCCUCCCCCACGGUUGCCCAUGGAUGCAGAGGUGGGGCCAUGGGGCGCGGCCGGGGCGUGGCCGCUGUCCCGGUGCGUCUAUGAGUGUUUAUUUAUUGGAGAUGUUUAUUUAUUGGGGUAUUUAUUGCAGAAGAUCUAUUCUUGUAUGAACGAAUAAAAGCCUUUCUCCAGCG